GAGCCAGACACGAGCCCAAGGCCCGCACCCCAGCCCCCGCGGCCUCACGACUGGACCAGGGUCCGUGUUGGAGCCGCGGGAAGCCUGUGAGGUGUCUUGGGGGUGGUCCCGGUGGCCCAGAGUGGCGCAGGGAGGGGAAGGAAGUGGCUGCCCAGUGGACGCUCGGUGGCGGCAGCUUGGCUUCAGCCAGAGGAAUUGUGACGACGCUCAGAAUUCACUGUGGAAUUAAUCAGCACACUCAGGGUUUUAGAACGUGUUAGGGUUUACAGAGCAAUUGAGCAGCAAGGGCAGGGUUCCCACGUGCGCCCGCCCCGCACCCCAGGCCCCCUGUAAUUAACACCUGCACCCUGUGGCCCCCUCAGGACUGAGCGCUGACUGAGGGUCUCGGCCCGGGAGGGACAUGCCCGAGCCAUGCCCACCCCCGUCCUCCCCGGACCCGUCAUUUCACUGUCCCCGUAGCGUCGCCUUUCACAGAAUGUCCUGUAGUUGGCUCAGGACGUGGCCUUUCCAGAUCGGCUUUUAUGAGUGAGCAAGAAGCUUUCAGCGCCCUCUGAGUCACAUGGGGCUUGAUGGUUCUCUGCUUUGCGUCUGCCCAAUGGGAAGUUCCGUGCCCUGCCUUGAGGACGGCAACCAGCAGUCCCCAGCCCCCUUUGAGGCCCCCCAGCAGGACACCCCUAGGGGCUGGGCAGGGAGGAUGGCGGAGGGAGGAGCUGCAGGGGCAGCCGUCCUGGUGUCCUGGGGCCCAGCAGGCGACCCCGGCCUUCUCAGACGGUGGGCUGGUGCUGCCUCCCGGGCCUGCCAGCUCCUGUGGUUUUCUUUCCUUUUUAUAUUCUGGUGAAAUACAUAACAUAGAAAUAAUUUUAAUCAUUUUAAGUGGACAAUUCUGUGACAUUAAGUACACUGACAAUGUGGAGUAACUUUCACCUCUAUUUUCAGAACCUUCCAUCACCCAAAACAGAAACUCAAACCCACUUAGCAGUAACUCCCCAUCCGUCCUCCCACCACUCCUGCCUUCUGUCUCUGAAUUUGCUUGUUAUUGCACUACAGUCCACCGUCCGGCUCCCCAGGCCCACCACGCCACCCUGUCUCGGCCCUCGGCCCGGGCUGCUCCCUGGAACACCCCCAUCACCCGAGGCCCACCUGCCCCCACUGGGGGCUCCUCCAGGCAAGAGACGGGCCGGGGGCCCCGCUGGGUCCUCAGAGAGCUUUUGCUGAAGGAGCACCCCCCGCCCACCCUGUGCCAGAUAAGAUGCUUGGGAGGGAUUCCGGCCCUCGGAGAGCUUAUGUUUCAAUAAGACAAGAAACACGAGGGACGACGGCAGGACUUGGGAGACCACCGCCCACGCCCGGAUCCUGCCCGGCGCUCACAGACCUGACCCGACCGCCGCCCGGCCCCGCCGAGGCGUCACUCGCGAGACUGCGCAUGCGCCGAAGCAGUUCCCGCAACCCUACUCAGGCCUUCGGGGCGGGGCCGACCUUCGCGCAGGCGCACGGCGGCCUCCCGGAGCGCUGCCGCCUCCCCGCCGCCACCGUCGCCAUGGCCGCGCCGGCCCCGGGCCUCAUCUCGGUCUUCUCGAGCCCGCAGGAGCUGGGCGCGUCGCUGGCGCAACUGGUGGUGCAGCGGGCGGCGUGCUGCCUGGAAGGGACCCGCGCCCGCUUCGCGCUCGGCCUGUCGGGAGGCAGCCUCGUCACGCUGCUGGCCCGCGAGCUGCCCGCCGCCGCCGCUGCCACGGGGGCUGCGGGUCUCGCGCGCUGGACUCUAGGCUUCUGCGACGAGCGCCUCGUGCCCUUCGAGCACGCUGAGAGCACGUACGGCCUCUAUCGGGUGAGAGCUACGGGGGCCACCAGGGGACACGCCAUGCAGGCUGCGCCCGCCGCCGAAUGCCGGCUACGGGGGCCGCCUUGGGACAUACUGAACGGGCCGCGCCCACCGUCCGAUGCCGGCUACCGGGCCGCCACGCCCUCCUCCUUCCUCUAGCCGCGGGGUCUGGCCACGGCCCCUGCCCUCCGCCUCUGUCCGGGGAAGCCCAGGAGGAGGGAGCGGCCCGGUGGAGGGCGGGAGACGGCCCCGCAGAGUUCGGUCCGCCCGGCUCGGCCUCCCGGGCGCUGCGGGAUCGGGGUCCCCCGGGGCGGGGGUCGCGGAGCCCGGGAGGCCGAGGCCCGUCCUCAGAGCGGAACCGGAAGCGCUUCUUUCUGUGCUUUGCGUGACUUUUUAAAAUUUACUUAAUUUUUUAAUCUGAAAAUCGAGGUGGGCAAGUAACAGGAAUCGGACCAAAC